GUGAGGUACGGAGCAGAGGCUAGCAGCUUCACCGCCUCUCGUCCAGCGGGGUUCACCGUCAUUCUAACACCGGGAGGACCAUUUGCGUUUCACCAGACGUGUAUGUCAUAUUGCGGAACCCAGAACGGAGGGUGAGCGCGUGACAAAGGGCUGUUUUACAUUCCUCUGCCACUCAGCUCCUUCCUGUUAGCCGGACAGCUAGCCGACGUUAGCCAGUUUUUGCAAUCAUGGCGGCGGAGUGUUGUUGCUCCUCCGCGCGGGUUCCUCCUGGUUAUCCUGUCGUCGCAUGACGUGACUCGUUGUGUGAGAUAUUGUGAAAUAAUGUACACGCGUGCCUGGGCUACUAAAUACGCGAGGGACAAAUAAGUUGGACCAAAAAAAACCCCCACUUGGUCGAUUUCCAAGACGUCUACAACCGCAGUGAACGGCAGGUGUUGUUCGGGCUGUGGAGUUCAUCCCCUCGCGCUGCCAUGUCCUUCUGGCCUCCCAGCCGCCGCAGCAAAUGGGACCAGCCGGGCCCAGGUUCUGGUGGCCUGGGGGAGGCAGAGGCUGCUCCCACCGGGGCUCUGGAUGCUGCCGCUGCGGUGGCUGCAAAGAUCAACGCGAUGUUGGUAGCGAAGGGCAAACUCAAGCCCUCACAGAUCGGAGUCCCAGGACCCCCUGACAAGGCUAUCGGUGUUGGGAAGCCUCCGAUGCAGGCAAAGGCCAAAGAUGACCUGGUUGUAGCUGAGGUGGAGAUCAAUGACGUACCAAUCACCUGUCGGAAUCUGUUGACACGUGGGCAAACGCAGGAUGAGAUCAGUAAAGUGAGCGGUGCUGCGGUUUCAACCCGAGGGCGUUACAUGGCGGCAGAGGAGAAGGGCAAAGCGCUUCCAGGGGAUCGGCCUCUGUAUCUGCAUGUCCAAGGACAGACGAGAGAGCUCGUCGACAGGGCAGUUAAUAGAAUCAAGGAAAUCAUCACCCACGGUGUCGUGAAGGCUGCCACCGCCUCGUCUUCAUCACCGUUCUCCCCGAGCGGGGCUUCAGUCACAGUUUACCAGCAGCAUCACCCCCCUCCUCCCUCACUGAACCACCACAAACCACACUUUCAGUCCGGAAUGCAUUAUGUUCAAGAUAAAAUCUUUGUGGGCCUGGAGCACGCUAUCAUGGGCUUUGUGGUCAAAGAGCGGGUCGAGGGCCCCGGCUGCUCAUACCUGCAGCACAUCCAGGCGGAGACGGGGGCCAAAGUCUUCCUGAGAGGGAAAGGAUCCGGCUGUUUAGAGCCGGCCUCUGGGAGAGAGGCCUUUGAACCCAUGUACAUCUACAUCAGUCAUCCUAAACCAGAAGGACUUGCAGCAGCAAAAACCUUGUGUGAGAAUCUUCUUCAGACGGUCCAUGCAGAUUAUUCUCGCUUCCUCAAUCAAAUGAGCUCCAUGAUGCCAAUCCAACAAGGCUUCACACAGCCUCCCGUGGUGAACGGGAUGCCUCCGCAGCCUCCGUACUACCCGCCCGCUGGAUACCAGCCGGGCUACGCGAUGCCUGUGCCCCCCCCUCAGACACAACCCGUCUCUUUACCGUACACCGUCCCACCUCCUAUACAUCCCACAGUCCCCGCAGGUGUGCCUCUUCAGUACUCCCUCCCCCCCGCCCUCGCUCCCGCUCACACCCUCCCUCCAACGCCGGGCCAUGCUCCUGCUUCGGGCACGAUGCCACAGACUCUUCCUCCUGUGCCUUUUCCUUCAUCAGCUGCAGCGCCACCGAAAGCUCCGACUCCCGCCGCUCCAGUCUUACCACCGCAGAAGAGACGCUUCACAGAGGAGGUCCCCGACGAGAUUAACAGCAACCUGCUCGGAUACCAGCAUGGACCCAUUCAUAUGACUAAUUUAGGUGCAGGCUUCCCAAUGGGCAGCCCAGAGGUUAUCGGACCCCCUCCACAGAGUUCCUCUGGCCCGCCGAGUGAGAGGGACAGUCGGCAUCUGAUGCCUCCACCUCUGCUGCCUGUGAAUGGAGUGAGACCCAAGAUGGAGGAGCGAAGGGCGAUGCACGGCUUUGUGGAGCCCUCAAUGAAGAGAUUGAAAACCGGUCUGGUGGCGUACACCGGCGACUCUUCAGAUGAAGAGGAAGACCACCUAACCUGCAAAGCCUCAGGGCCAGGUAACCCUGGGGCAGUUCCCCCCACCUCCUCAGGCUGGACACACGGCUAUCGCUGCCCCCCCCCAGCGACCCCCCGUGCUAAAACACAGCCACAGCAGCAGCAGCCUAUGCCUUUCUGGAUGGCGCCCUAAAACAGAGGAACGUCUCCUCGGUGCUUUCUUUGUGCCGAGUCUCACGACAUGUUCACACGUAAACUGAGCCCGUGUUCUCUCACCACGUGGAUGACGCUUAACAGCCACAUGUUGGUUGCAGCGUAAUCUUAGUGCUUCGGUCCAAAUGGACAUUCUUAUGUUUUGGGAAAACUACGUUGUUUCUUCUGGUGCACACGUUAGAGUUUGAAGACGAACAUUUGCAGGACUGAUGCUCAAGCUAUUUUGUGGAUGUGUAGAUGCUCAGAAGAGCGACAUUCUGCCUCCAGUUUGAUUUGGAAAGGUUUGAACACAGAAGUGUUUGAAUAUUGUGUUGUUGUAAAAACAAUAUCACAAGCCAAUGACCACUUUCCAUUUAUUCCCUAGCACAGCUUUUUGUAAAUUGCCCUUCUUCCUUUUCCCCUGUCCAAGUCAGUGACACCAUUCUUUCCUAUUCGGAUCUUUUUGUACAGAUCAUCCUGGACUAAUACCUAGUAGACCUAAUGGAUUUAUUCAUGUUUUUAUGAAAUAAAUAAACUUAAUUUAUUGCAGUGUU